CAACCCACGAGUCGAUCAGCGUGUGACACUGUCAGAACCAGGCGCCCUGUCCACGCUUGUUUACCGCCUGAACUUCACAUCUGAUCGGACCCAUCGCUUUAAUACCAGUGAGAGUUCCCAUGGCAUACGAACCUCGCGCGGUGCGGGGCCUGGGCUGGACCCUGGUCGUCCUGGGAUGCCUCAGCGUCACGCUAGGGGUCGCUGCGGACAUCACGUUCGCCGUCCAUGACGUCGGCACCCUGGGACACUACGUCAGCGCACCUGUCUGGAGCGGGCUGCUGGUGCUUACGACAGGAAUUCUAGGUAUUUUCAGUGCUAAGAAACCAACAAAUAAAUGCCUGAUUGUAGCGUUCAUGGUGGUAGGCAUAUUCGUGAUCCUGGCGUGUGUUUGCUGCAUCGCCAUCGCGGCUCUGGGCAUUGUGCUGAAUUAUUAUGUGCAUAACUGUGAGCAGUACGACUGGGAUGCUUACUACGCCGCGCAGGCACUUCACGAGAGCAACCCGGAUUUGUACAACGAGCCGGAGGUCUGGCACUACAAGACGUACGACUGUAGACCGGCUGCCAUCGGCCUCCAUGCGGCUAACAUCUUCCUGGCCGUGCUGGAGCUCAUCCUGGGGUUUGUGGUCUCCAUUCUCAGCUGCUGUGGACUGUGCACGAUGCGCCGCCCUGCGGCACAGACAGUGAUCUAUACUGCAGGGCCAGUUCUGGGAGGAGCACAAGGAAACAUUGUGGUCAUGCAGGGCACUCCAGGUGUCCAGGGGAGCCAGCCGCAGAUGUUCGUUGCGCAGAACCCAGGUGCUGCAGGUGCACCUGUGCAGGUGUUCUACCCCUCCCAGCAGGUGCCACCUGCCUACCAGGUGGAUCCAGGUGCGGCAUCAGGUGCCCAUGAGGAGAAGAAAAGUCCCAUACCUGCUGGAUCCAUGUGAAAAACAAAAACAUCAUCACGAAGUGCUACGAUAUAGCAUCAUCGUGGGGUCGUGUGGCGUAGCGGCAGCGUACUCGGAACCAAGAGGUCCCGAGUUCGAGUCCUGACAUGCCACAGAUCUUGUGCCCUCUUUCCGAGCGCAGACAGGACUUGUGCAUGGACUUUGCCCUCAAAGUCAGCAAAUCUUCGCGCUUCUCCUCCUGGCUACCCCCAACACGAAAGCAGAAACACCAAAGGCGACAAACCCGUCGCUACCAGCUACCUAUUGGGACCAAACGCUUCCUGAACAGUCCCGUCCCAGCCAUAUGCUGAAACUGUUGAACUCUUGACUCACAGGUUUAAAACCUUUCCCGCCUUAACUGUUAAGAUUCUGCAAAAUUUGAAUACUCGUAGCAAUGAGGACCUAUCAAAUUUCAUCUUUACUAUAACGUUUUUAAGAACCUUUCGAUAAAUUACUCUUUUAAGAUAUUUCAAUAUUUGUAAUAACAGUAUGGUAUAUUUAAGAUUUUAAACAAUUGUUAAAUUUCAUCCCUAUGUGUGCAAACAGCUGUAAAGCCCAUUUGUAAUCGUAAUAAUGUUGUACUUUGUAACCAGACCCAACAAUUCAGCCGAAUGCAUCUCGGCUGCCAGUGGGUCUUGGGAUUUAUUUGUUUAUCAACAAUAAACCAGUCUAUAUAUCGUUUAGCUUGGAGCCAAGAGGUCCGGGAUUCGAUCCCCUGACCUGCCCUGAUGUUAUACCCUUGGGAAAUGCGUUUUACAGACUUUCCUAACUUCACUCAGCUGAAAAUGAGUAACUUGAGCUUAGGUUAGAGGAGGUCGCGUGUUUGGGGAGACCCACACCUCACGCACGGGACCCACCAUGAAAAAGAAUAGUGUGCGAUGGUCCGAUUCUACAAGUGAGUUGGUGACUCAUUCCAAAUCACUAGUGUAGCAGACAAAAGACUGGACUUACGAAUUAUAAAUGUUUCUUAUUGAUGAGGUCUUCCUUUACAAGAAUUGUAUCAGUUGAUCAUAUAAAUGGUUUACUGGUCAGAC